CACGAAUUUGCUCCACAUCCCCGAAAUCAUCAUCUUCCCAGCAGUUUAAUGGCACAUAUUAGCAAAAGAGAGUUCGACGUCCUUGAUUUAUCUGGCCAAAAGUAUUUGGAAUGGAAAGUCGACGCUUUGGCACAUUUGAAAGCAAAUGCCCUUGAAAAUACAAUUGCUGAAAAUAAUUCAGUCACUCCCCAAAAUAAGGCAAAAGCCAUCAUCUUUCUUCGCCAUCAUCUUCAUGAAAGUUUGAAAUCUGAGUAUUUAUUGGUAGAUGACCCUAAAGAAUUAUGGGAUAAUCUCCAAGAAAGGUAUGGCCAUCAACAAAAGGUCCUUUUACCAAAAGCUCAAUAUGACUGGAUCAAUUUACGAUUCCAGGAUUACAAAUCUGUAAGUGACUACAAUUCUGCUUUGUUCCAAAUAACAUCAAGACUAAAGUUAUGCGGACAAAAAGUCACUGAUGCUGAAAUGUUGGAGAAAACUUUGUCCACUAUGCAUGUUUCAAAUGUGCUUUUACAAGAGCAAUAUAGACAAAAGCAUUUUCAAAAGUAUUCUGAUUUGAUAUCAGUAUUACUAUUUGCUGAGACGAAUACCGACAUUUUGAUGAGAAACCACAAUAUGAGACCCACGGGUUGUAGCCCGGUUAGAUUUGGUCCACCAAAUCAUGGUUCAAAACAUGAAUCAAAUGCAACCCAUAGUGGUGGUCGUGGACAUUUCAAACGUGGUCGUGGUAUUGGUCGUUAUAAUGGACCUAGCUGGGGAAACAAACAGAGUAGUAGCUCAUUUUACAAAGGCAAGGGUAAGCAAAACCGCCAUCAAACAAAGAGCCCGACGAAAUCUUCAGAAAAGGCCAAAGUCACUUGCUUUAAGUGUGGCACGUCGAGACAUUGGGCAAAUAAGUGUCGUACACCUAGACACUUGAUUGAUUUAUAUAAAUCAUCUCUAAAAGGAAAGAAUGUGGAAACUAAUUACGUCAACGAAAAUGAUCCACCAAUGCCCACAUUCAAUGUGUCUGAUUUCUAUAUGGACGAUAAUGAGAUGAACACCGACAUCAUUAUGGGUGAAAAAUAAUAAAUAAGUAAAUAAAAAGGAAUUUGAAAUAAUUCUGUUAUGUAAUAUAUUCUACAAUAAAAGUUUGUUUGUAUUGUAAUUUUUAUUUGGUGUGCUUAUUUGAUUGUAAAUGUUAUGUACAUUUUAAUGAAUAAAGCCUUGUUUAUAUUACAGUAUUGAACUAAUAUUUGUUCAUUUUUAUCUUUUCGAAGAUAUGGAGUUAACUAAAAUUUCUCCAAGUGGCUCUGAACAAUGUCUAAUAGACAGUGCCACAACGCACACCAUUUUGAGACAUAGAGAUUAUUUUUCUCAUAUGACAUUAGUUGAUGCUAAUGUCAAUAUAAUCUCAGGUGUUGCUAAACUCAUUGAAGGUUCUGGAAUAGCCUGUGUGAUUCUCCCAAAAGGGACAAAAUUAAUAAUUAAAGACGCUUUAUACUCCAGUAAAUCACGGAGAAAUCUUUUGAGCUUUAAAGAUUUGCGUCUAAAUGGUUUUCAUAUUGAAACCAUGUCUGAAAAUCAGAAGGAAUAUUUAUGUCUAACGACAAAUAGAUCUGGCAAUAAAUACAUUUCUGAAAAAAUGCCAGCAUAUUCCUCGGGACUGUAUUAUACAUAUAUCAGUCCAAUUGAGAUAAAUGUGGUAUCUAAAAUUUAUGACCACAAUUCCUUUAUCUUGUGGCAUGACCGUUUAGGUCAUCCAGGCAGCACUAUGAUGCACAAAAUUAUUGAAAAUUCACGUGGACAUCCAUUAACUAAUGUCAAGAUUCCACAAUCAAGUGAUUUUCCGUGCACUGCCUGUUCUCUUGGCAAAUUAAUUAUCAGGCCAUCUUUAUACAAAAUUGGAGUUGAAUCUCCUGCAUUUUUAGAAAGAAUUCAAGGAGAUAUUUGUGGGCCAAUUACCCCUCCGUGUGGACCGUUUCGAUAUUUUAUGGUGCUCAUUGAUGCAUCAACACGUUGGUCACAUGUCAGUCUUUUAUCGACUAGAAAUUUUGCAUUUGCAAAUCUCCUUGCUCAAAUUAUUCGUUUGAGAUCACAAUUUCCGGAUUAUUCGAUAAAGAAAACCCGACUUGAUAAUGCAGGAUAAUUUACAUCCCAAUCUUUUAAUGACUAUUGCAUGUCAAUUGGGAUUGAUGUGGAACAUCCAGUUCCACAUGUACAUACACAAAAUGGUCUUGCCGAAUCCUUAAUUAAGCGAUUACAAUUAAUUGCUAGACCAUUAUUGAUGAAAUCCAGAUUACCAUCGUCUGCAUGGGGAUAUGCUAUAAUGCAUGCUGCAAAUUUAAUUCGGCUUAGGCCAACAGCAUAUCAUAAAUUUUCCCCAUUACAAUUAAUAUCUGGUAAAGAACCAAAUAUAUCACACCUAAAAAUAUUUGGUUGUUCUGUGUAUGUACCAAUUGCUCCACCUUAUCGUACUAAAAUGGGUCCUCAAAGAAGACUGGGAAUUUAUGUUGGUUUUAAAUCACCCUCAAUUAUUAAUUAUCUAGAACCUAUGACCGGUGACUUAUUCACCGCGCGGUUCGAUGACUGUCAUUUUGAUGAGACAGUAUUCCCAGCCUUAGGGGGAGAUAUUAAAGAAAUGGACCGACGUACGAAAGAUAUUACUUGGAAUGCAACAAAUUUAUCUUUUCUUGAUUCUCGCACAAAUGCUUGUGAACAAGAAAUUCAAAAGAUUAUUCAUUUACAAAAUGUUGCAAACCAAUUGCCUGAUGCUUUUAUAGACUCAAAGAAAGUGACAAAGUCACAUGUUCCAGCUAUGAAUGCUCCUUCUCGAAUAGAAAUUCCUGCGGAGAUUAGCAAAAGAACUCUUGCUAAUGAAUCUAUGAUAUGUAAAAAACGUGGUAGACCACUUGGUUCAAGAGAUUUGAAACCAAGAAAAUUUAAACAGCAAGUUGUAGUUUGUGAUGCCAAAGAAGCUCAACCUUCUCAAGAAGAAAAUGAACAUUUUGAAAAUAUCGGCCUUGAAGAUAACAUCAAUAAUAAUGAUACCUCAAAAGAGGAUCCAAUCACCUUCGAAGAGGUAAAUAUUCCAGAUAAAGAUAGAAACGUCGAUAAUUUUGAAAUUUCAAUUAAUUACGUUUCUAAUAGAAUACAAUGGAAUAGAAAUGAUAUUGAUGUUAAUCAUAUAUUUUCAUAUGCCAUCGCCACAGAUAUAAUGAAUGAACACGAUGACAAUGAGCCUAAAUCUAUUGACGAAUGUCGUCAUAGAAAUGAUUGGCCAAAAUGGAAUGAAGCAAUUCAGGUAGAAUUAAAAUCGCUAGAAAAGCGUAAUGUUUUUGGACCAAUUGUCCAUACGCCAAAAGGCGUAAAACCUGUCGGUUUUAAAUGGGUUUUUGUGCGUAAACGCAACGAGAAAAAUGAAAUCGUUAGAUACAAAGCCCGACUUGUUGCCCAAGGUUUUUCUCAAAUGCCAGGAAUCGAUUAUGAUGAGACGUAUUCUCCAGUAGUUGAUGCUACAACUUUAAGAUUUUUAAUUGGCAUGUCUGUUUUUGAAAGGCUGCAAAUGCGCCUAAUGGAUGUGGUGACCGCAUAUUUAUACGGUUCACUCGAUACAGACAUAUAUAUGAGAAUUCCUGGAGGCUUUAAAAUACCUGAUGCUUAUAGCUCGAAAUCUCGAGAUUUAUUUUCCAUAAAAUUGCAAAAGUCAUUAUAUGGAUUAAAACAAUCUGGACGCAUGUGGUAUAACCGUCUCAUUGAAUAUUUGAUUAAAGAAGGGUAUAAAAAUGAUCCUAUUAGUCCAUGUGUUUUCAUUCAUCGAUCUGAAUCAGGAUUCGCCAUAAUUGCAGUAUAUGUUGAUGAUUUGAAUAUAAUCGGAACUCCUAAUGAAAUUGAAAAUACUGCAAAAUAUCUCAUGAAAGAAUUUGAAAUGAAAGACCUUGGGAGAACAAAAUUUUGUCUCGACAUUCAAAUUGAGCAUUUGAGAAAUGGUAUUUUCAUCCACCAAUCAAAUUAUACCGAGAAACUUUUGAAGCGAUUUUACAUGGAUAAAGCACAUCCGCUCAAUUCUCCAAUGGUGGUUCGAUCUCUCAAUGUGCAUGAUGAUCCUUUCCGACCUUGUGAAGAUGAUGAAGAAAUCCUUGGUCCCGAAAUACCAUAUUUGAGUGCUAUUGGAGCAUUAAUGUAUUUGGCUAAUAAUACUCGACCAGAUAUUGCUUUUUCUGUAAAUUUAUUAGCCAGACACAGUUCUUCCCCAACAAGAAGGCAUUGGAAUGGUGUCAAACAUAUAUUCCGAUAUCUCAAUGGUACAAUCGAUCUUGGAUUGUAUUUCAAGAAUGGUGCAAAUGCCACUUUAAUUGGCUACGCGGAUGCAGGAUACUUGUCUGAUCCACAAAAGGCAAAAUCACAAACAGGAUAUUUAUUCACCUAUGGUGAUACCGCUAUAUCAUGGAGAUCAAUGAAGCAAACAUUAACUGCAACAUCAUCAAAUCAUGCAGAAUUAAUUGCUCUUUAUGAAGCAGGUCGUGAGUGUGUCUGGUUGAGAUCAAUGAUCCAGCACAUACAAAAUGAAUGCGGUAUAAAAUCUUUUACUUCUAAUCCUACUGUGAUUUAUGAAGAUAAUACAGCAUGUAUAGCUCAGAUCAAAGGAGGUUACAUCAAAGGGGACAGGACGAAGCAUAUAGCACCAAAACUUUUCUCCACACAUGAUCUUGAGAAAGACGGAACGGUUGAUGUCAAACAAAUUAAGUCAUGCGACAACCCUGCUGAUUUGUUCACAAAGUCAUUGGCACCGAAGAAAUUUGAAGAACUGGUCCAUAAAAUUGGAAUGUAUCGUCUUCGAGAUAUAUGUUAAAUUGAGGGGGAGUAAUAUAAUGCACUGCACCCUUUUUCCCUUCGUCAGGUUUUUAUCCCACUGGGUUUUUAUUGACAAAGGUUUUUAACGAGACAGUACAUUAUAAUACUAUGAAACUAAUACCCCAGAAUAAUUAGAAGAUGACCAUUCAAGGGGGAGUGUUGAAAUAUAUUGAAUCGUCAUCUUCCAACUAUUCAUGAUCAGGAACAAUUAUCAUCAUUGUUAAUAUAAAUAAGAAAUCAUAAUUAUGAUUUCUAGAUGAUAAUUGUAUGGCUCACAAUUAGCCCCUGAUCUAGACAUGAUUACAUUUUCUCCUAUAAAUAGGAGCAUUCUCCUUCAUUGUAAAUACACCAUUAUCACACUUCUAAUAACAUCUUUCUCACUAAGUAUUCAGACUAUACUUUCUCUCCCUGAUCUUCUGCUUAUUUCAUUCCAUUUUAU